GAUGCGACAGAUUAUACCUAAACUUGCAUUUUAAUGAUAGCGCGACCGCGUGAUCUUAGCAUCGAAGAUCAGUACGACAUCUGAAACUUAUCUGUGUGGACUUGUUGUAUUAUGUAAAUAAUAAUAACCAAUAAUAAAUAUUAGUAUAUAGUAGGACAAAAUGGUGGUGAAUAAGAGCUAUAGUGACGGUGAUUUAGAAAUGAGUGCUAAUGAUAGUGAAGUGCAGGAUAAAGGGUCUUAUGGGUAUGAAGAAGCUUUGGAUUUAGCAGGUAACGGCAAUUACAACAUGCUGCUGCUGUCAGCAUGCUUCCUGGUGAUCACGGCCAUGGGAAUCGACAUCUUCGGGCUGGGCAUCAUAGUCGCCGCCGCCACCUGCGACCUGGGGCUCACGCUGCAGCAGAUCGGCAUCUUGUCUUCCAUGCCUUUUGCUGGCAUCAUCGUGAUGUCGUACCCUUGGGGCUACUUGUCGGACACGCGCGGGCGGAAGCUGGUGCUGCUGGUGGCCAUGGCGGGCAGCUUCGCCAGCGCGGCUCUGAGCAGCCUGGCGCCCACCUGGCAAGUGUUGGCCGCGCUGAGGUUCAUCAGCUCGGCCCUGUCGAGCGCAGCUGAAUCCGCGACGUACGCCCUGCUCGGCGAAUGCUGCGGCGCUCGCGUGCGGGCGCGGUACAUGCUGCUCAUGACCAGCGCGCUCAUGCUCACGCCCACGCUCUACUACAUAUGGGCAUAUCUGAUAAUGAAGCUGGAGUUCUCGUACCCGUUCCUGUGGCUGGAGCUCCGGCCGUGGCGGCUGCUGGCGCUGGUGAUGGCGCUGCCGCUGGGGCUGGGCGCCGCGGCGCUGUGGAGCUUCUGCGAGAGCCCCAAGUUCCUGGUCAACGUGGGGAGGAGCGGCGAGGCGGUGGACGCGCUGGCCAGGAUGUACAGAGUCAAUGGGGGGAAGGGAGAGUUUCCGGUGAAAGAGGUGUACCUAGAGGAAGGGAGUAAGGAGGAGGUGGGGGUGUUCUCGCUGCGCUCGCUGUGGACGCAGAUCGCGCCCCUCUUCCAGCGCCCCCUGCUGGGCAGGACCCUGCUGCUGUUCUACCUGACUUUCGUCGUCUAUAUCGCGAACAACAGUUUCGCGAUCAUCCUGCCGACGAUCUUCAACGUGUUCUUCACGUCGUACGCGAGCCGCGGCGCCGGCGCCGGCUUCUGCGAUCUGUUCGCCGAGGCCGAACAGGAGAACUCUACUAUCGUCCAAGAUGCCGACACAGUGUGCGCGAACUCGAUAAACGACAACACGAUCUGGGCCGGCUGCGCCCACGGCCUCUCGUUCUUCGUGCUCAACGCGCUCAUCUCACAAUGUGCUGGGAAACGAAAGUUGUUGACGAUCGUGAUCCUGGUGGUAGCUGCCGCAGCAGCCAUCGGGGUCGACCUGACGGGCGAGCCGCUCUCAGGUCUAGUGCUCUUCUACGUGUUCCUCACCACCGCCAUGGUCUUUGGCGUCAUCUCCUCGUACUUCGUGACGCUGUACCCGACAUCCUACAGGGGAAUGGUGGCGUGCCUGGGCAUGAUGGUGGCGCGGCUGAGCGCCUUCAGCGGCACCAACCUCGUCAGCGGCGCCAUGACGCAGCACUGCUCCGCCGCUUUAUACGGUGCUUCUGGACUUGUUCUUACUGGAGCGGUCGCCGCGGCGCUGCUGCCGGGCGACAGUCUGCAGGCGGGGUGAGGUUAUUGGAACUCUGGAACUUCCCAUCUACCAACAAUUUAUUGAUAGGGACUUCUCCAAGAUGACAGCUCGGUGCAGGCACAUUCGGCAUUUAUAAGGUCUACAAAACCGGAUCCACUAAAGUCACUAAAGUAAUAAAAUUAACAUUAAUUUAACGACGUAGCCGACGUAGGGAACUAAAAAUGUUUAAUAAAUGUUGUUAUAUAGUUUUUAAGUGAAGUACACGGUAUGAAUUAAGUGUGAUAUCUAAAAUUAUUGUAAGUGCAUAUUG